CUACGAUCCGACACCGUCGCAUGGUAAAUAAACCCGGUUUGACUCGGUUUGGACCGUUUGCGGCUCGAUAGCUCCGCCGAUGGCAUCGAUGGACGCCGACAAGCUCAGCUACGAGAUCUUCUCCAUCCUCGAGAGCAAAUUCCUUUUCAGCGGGUCGCCGGCGAUCGCAGGAGUAUCCGGGGGGAGGGUCCGCAUACUCUCCAUCGACGGAGGGGACCGCCCCUCCGACGCCCUUCUCGCCGCCGCCGCCCUCGCACGGCUCGAAUCCUCCCUUCGUGUCCGCACAGGCGAUCCCUCCGCCAGCGUAGCCGACCUCUUCGACGUCGCCGCUGGAUCCGGCGCCGGCGGCGUCCUCGCCGCGAUGCUCUUCACCAAGGGCCCCGACGGCCGCCCGCUCCUCUCCGUCGCUAAAGCCCUCCGCCUCCUCGCGGCCGAGAGCCGCCGCCGCGGGGGGCGCGGAUUCGGCACCUCCGGCCUCCUCCGCCGCCGGCCCGGCGGGUUCUUCCGCCGGGUGUUCGGGGACGCGACGCUGAGGGACGCCGUGAAGCCGGUGCUGAUCCCCUGCUACGACCUCGCGACGGCGGCCCCCUUUCUCUUCUCGCGGGCCGACGCCGUGGAAGCGGACGGGUUUGACUUCCGGGUGUGGGAGGUGUGCGCCGCCACGUGUGCCGGAUCCUCGGCGAUGGAGCUCCGGUCGGUGGACGGGCGGACGCGCGUCUCCGCCGUGGGCGGCCGUGUCGCGAUGGCCAACCCCACCGCCGCCGCCAUCACUCACGUUCUGCUCAACAAGCAGGAGUUCCCCUUCGCCUGCGGAGUGGAGGACCUCCUCGUCGUCUCUCUGGGAGCCGCUCCGGCUGAACCCUCCGCCGUCGGCGGGGCAGAACUCCUCCGGAUCACCGGCGAGUGCGUCGCCGACAUGGUGGAUCAAACCGUGGCCAUGGCAUUUGGAAAUCUUAGAACAAGCAAUUACAUUCGCAUCCAGGCCAAUGGUUUCACGUCUGGAAAUUGCUCAUCCAAGUCAAAGAACUUGUUGCAAUCAGUGGAAGACAUGCUUCUGCAGAGAAAUAUGGAGUCCUCCCUCUUCAGAGGGAAAAAGAUCUCUCAACAGAGUCAUUCAGACAAGCUCGACCAAAUCGUAGUCGAACUGAUCGAAGAGGAAGAGAAAAGGAAGAAGAGCUCGAUCCCGCUCGUGGUGAUUAAGCAAGCGGCGACGACCUCACAAAUGUCCUCGCCGUGUCCCUUUAGCCAAACGGACGGCAGCUCUUCCUCUUCUUCCUCCGCAAAGAUGAAGCUCAGUGAACCAUUGACAUAAGCAACAAGCUUUCCUCUGUGAAGAUGAGGCGCAACGAGCCUUCCAUCGAGUACGCGCGGGCAGUGAAGAGUAGCAAGCCUUCCUCGAGGCGAUACAGAACCUUAACAUCGACGAGCCAUCAAACAUGCUCUCAGACAACUAAACUAUAGACAUUAGCAAAAUUGUAUGUAAUGUGUCAAAUUAAUGAUAUGCUAAAUUUGUUUAAAUUAAA